CUGGUCUCUCAGUACUUUGAACUCUGCAGGCUGUCGACCCGCCCCAAAGUGCAUAAACCUCCCGCUGCUGAAGGUCCAAGAGUCAUGAGCUUGAGCAAAGCGAAAUCGUUCAUCAGGACUUACUAGAGGCUCAAAGUCCAAACCACUGGGAGGUGGAGCUAGCUGGGGAGUCGGAAACCAUUAGCAAGUAGUUUCCUUGACUCCGCACGCACUAGCCUAAAGCGGUCCAGGUACCUUCCACGGGAGCAGCCCCGCCCCGGAAGCACACCCUCCUCUUCUGGGGGAGAGGGGAGCCGGGCCAGGAGGGAGGGGAGCCGUCUUCCCCGCGACUGCGCCUUGGGCAGCCUUUCUGGGGUGUCCCUGAGGAUAACCCUGCACCCCCAGAGUUAGAGUUCUGCUGUGAAACCCUGGUUCUGGCCCAGCUCCAAGAAGCCUUUGCUGUGGUGGGAAUGGUUCCAGUGACCCACCUUGCACAACACUUCAGGUCCACAGAAUUUCCUUUGUGAAAACAACAAGCAAAGUGUCGGAGUUUGCCAUUCAGAUCAGCAACUGCAAAUUCUUAGCAUGGAAAAUUCAAAGAUGGAAGUGGUUCUCCUUGCUUGUGGUUCCUUUAAUCCUAUCACCAACAUGCACCUCAGGCUAUUUGAGUUGGCCAAGGACUACAUGAACGGAACAGGAAAAUACAAAGUUAUCAAAGGCAUAAUUUCUCCUGUUGGUGAUGCAUAUAAGAAGAAAGGACUCAUCUCUGCCCACCACCGAGUUAUCAUGGCAGAACUCGCCACCAAGAGUUCAGAAUGGGUGGAAGUUGACACCUGGGAGAGUCUUCAGAAGGAGUGGGUAGAGACGGCUAAGGUGCUAAGACACCAUCAAGAGAAACUAGAGGCCGGGAGCUGUGAUCACCAGCAGGAUUCACCUGUGCGGGGAAGGCCUGGACAGAAAAGGAAGUGGGCUGAACAGAGACAAGAUUUUAGUCAAAAGAAAUCGCUAGAGCCAAAAACAAAAGAUGUGCCAAAGGUAAAGCUGCUGUGUGGGGCAGAUCUACUGGAGUCCUUUGGCGUGCCCAAUCUGUGGAAAAGUGAGGAUAUCACCCAAAUUGUGGGAGACUAUGGACUUGUAUGUAUUACUCGGGCUGGAAAUGAUGCUCAGAAAUUCAUCUAUGAAUCCGAUGCACUGUGGCAGCAUCGGAACAACAUUCACCUGGUAAAUGAAUGGAUCACCAAUGACAUCUCCUCCACAAAGAUCCGGCGAGCUCUCAGAAGGGGCCAGAGCAUUCGCUACUUGGUACCAGACCUUGUCCAGGAGUAUAUCGAAAAGCAUGAUCUGUAUAGCUGUGAGAGUGAAGAAAGGAAUGUCGGGGUCAUCCUGGCUCCUUUGCAGAGAAACACUGCAGAAGCUAACUCAUAAAUCAUACAGCAUGAUAUUUUGGACUUCCCUAAUGGGUAUUUGAAACCGUCUGCGUGUCAGUAACUGGGAAGAGGAAUUGUGAUCCUGUUUCAUAAACUAAAGCUUUUUAAAAGUUUGGUAAAGAUCAGUUUUAUAGUAGAUUAAAACCACGUUUAUAAUUUAUUGGAAAUUCCUAAGAUGAAUGUUUUCAAUAUAGUCUCUGGGUGGCUCAGUUGGUUGAGUGUCUAACUUGAUUUCGGCUCGGAUUGUGAUCUCCGGGUCAUAGGAUUGAGCCUGGCAUCGGGCUCUGUGCUCAGCAUAGUGGUUGGUUCAGAUCCUCUCUCCCUCUCGCUCCUGCUCACUCUCUCUCAAAUAAAUAAAUAAAACCUAAAAAUAAAAAAAUAAAAACCUAUUUAAAAUCCCCACUUUAGUUUUUUUUUUUUUUUAAGAUUUUAUUUAUUUAUUCAUGACAGACACAGAGAGGCAGAGACAUGGGCAGAGGGAGAAGCAGGCUCCAUGCAGGGAGUCCAAUGUGGGACUCGAUCCCAGGACUCCAGGAUCACACCCUAGGCCGAAGGCAGGCGCCAAACCACUGAGCCACUUGGGCUGCCCCCCAAUUUAGUUUUUUUUUUUUUUUUUUAAAGAUUUUAUUUAUUUACUCGUGAGAGACAGAGAGGCAGAGACACAGGCAGAGGGAGAAGCAGGCAUCAUACAGAGAGCCUGACGUGGGACUCGAUCCAGGGUCCCCAGGAUCACGCCCUGGGCUACAGGCGGUGCUAAACCACUGUGCCACCAGGGCUGCCCCCCAAUUUAGUUUUAAAGGGAAUUAGCCUUUUACGAAUGCCUGCAUUCUUCACCAAUGGUGGCCAAGGAAAUAAUUCUAAAAAUAGUGAUCUUGUAAAAUCCACCACUGACCAGUCAUCUUCAGCUGUGCAAAAUACAGGUUGUGAAUGUGCCUGGCAGAAACUUGACGCUAAUGGUUCUGUCUCUCUGGUGCACAUCAGUUAAGCUUUGCCAAGACACAUCUGCCUGGAGCUCCACCUUUGGAGACUGGGAGAAAGGUCCAAGCCCUCAAAUGUUCGGAAAGGUACACCAGUAUUUCUGCUCCCCACACGAGAGGUAGAGAAACAGUCUGGGUGCCGGUAAUGGGGAAUUGUGAUUCUUUCAUAAACUAAAGCAUAAAAGUUUGGUAAAACCAGUGGUAAUUUAAAAUCAGGUUACACGUUAUGGGUUUCCUCUUAGCACAGCCUCUUGUGGCUCUGGUUAUCUGCCAUCUUGCUGUCUUCAGGAACCGCUUCAGAAGUGACAUCAUGCUACCUGGAACAGAGAGAACCACAGAGAGUGAGGGAUCUUAUACAAGGAUUUUAUUAACUAUCAGUGUUCUUGGCCUUUCUUUUUUUUUUUUUUUUUUCCUUUCUUGAUAGCUUAAUAGUCAAAAGAUGAAUGAAGAUCCUACAAACAUGAGAAAUGCCACACUGGAUGAGCUCACAUUUCCUCCAAUUCAGAAUUCGAAGAACUGAAAAUGGCUGGUUGAAAGAACUCUCUAUGAUCUCAGUCCAAAAUUUUCUCGAGUGUCUGAAGAGCCCUGCUGUUUUUGUUCCAGCUCACUGUGAAUCUACCAUUUGUAAAUUUAAGCAGAAAAAGUUUCUACUUUCUUACACUUUUUCCCUUUUACGUGACAAACACAAGUUUGUACAUAGUUGGAUGCUGAUUAAAAUUCUGUGAAAGUUUUACCAAUUGGUAAGGCAAAAGAACCAGAAAUAGCUUUUAUAGAAUAGCUUUAUGAUCCAUGAAAAAUCAUGUGGUAGAAAGAGGACUUAAGUUAAAUUCCUCAUGAAAAUAUAAUACUUUUGGGGAUCCCUGGGUGGCGCAGCGGUUUGGCGCCUGCCUUUGGCCCAGGGCACGAUCCUGGAGACCCGGGAUCAAAUCCCACGUCAGGCUCCCGGGGCAUGGAGCCUGCUUCUCCCUCUGCCUAUGUCUCUGCCACUCACUCUCUCUCUCUGUAUGACUAUCAUAAAUAAAUAAUAAAAAAAAUAUACUUUUUGCAAUUUAUAUUUCAUACCUACACCAUUCUAGAUGAAGGGUUUAUGACUUGAAGGAAAAAGUACUUAAAAUUGUGCAGUUGUAUGGUCAAAUGUGAACACGCAGUUUGAAAAGAGAAGGAGUGAAAGUGGCCAGCAUCCAUUCUACAACCACUGACCUACUCUUACUGAGGCCAACAGGCCAGCCUCCUAAAGCCCAGGAGGGUUGCAGAGCCUGGCACUAGUAGGCUUCAGUCUACUGAUGGAGUGACAAGUUGGAGUCUCUGAUCAGAGAGAUGAGGGUCAUUUCUCCCUCUCCUGAACUGUUUGGAGUUGAGAGUUGAAGCAGUAUUGAUGAAGAACCAUCUAGAAGUAGAUGAAGCUACCUAAGUGUAAUUUUGAUUUUUUUUCUCCUGGAAAACUGCACUUAGUUCACCUGAUGUAUGUACAGAGUGCAGAAGGCUUCCAAUGCUAUAAACUUCUAUUUAUUUUGUAGAAAUUUCUCUUAUACCAUGGUGCCUUCCUACCUAGAAGGGCCCACCCUGCUCAGCUGUGAGUAUAUGACCUCUGGACCCACUGGGUAAAGCGUUUGGGGACCUCCCAGGAGACUUGAUAAUAGUGAAAUGAUCCUAUUGUGCUAUUUAUGGAUCAAUACCUUUGUACAUGGAAUGGGCUGCUUUUAGCUUUUUGUCUUAGUACCAAGGAUGCUGCUAAUGCCACAACAUAAUAAGUUUUGGGUGACCUCAGGGGCAGAAUUUCCUGUUUUGAUAGUGGAAAUUAGAACAAUGAACUUCACAGGGGAAUAAAUAUUAAUAGUUGUUGUGACUUCCAUUGAGGAAGAGGGAAAUAUGCCACUAUAUUUCCUAUUAUGGCUUUUUCAUAAUUUGCUUUUGUAAUGUGAAUUUUAGGUUUAGGAAAUGUGUAAAGCUGGUAUUUUGUGUGUUUGAUGCUCGUUUUAUGUUUUAUAUGUGUUAUACUCCCUUACCCCUUACAUUGCAUAAUUUGAAUGCAGCCAAGGAACAAAAGUCCUUUACUGGCAGCUUAAUUCAGUUGAAUACACAUCUGGAGAGAUUUUUUUUGUUGUUUACCUGUUUAGGGGACAAGUGUGAACAGUAAACCAUUUAGAUAAGAGGAGUGGGUUCUCCUUGGUGAUCAGGGUAGAGAGAUUGAGCCACAGGUGUGAUUUAGGCUCAUCUUCUUGUAUCAAAGGAUGUUCUCUUUUUUUUUUUCUGAUAUCUCGAGGGUCUCCCUGCAGGGUGGAAGGAAGCAUUCCAUCAGUGUCAGCAUGUACGGUAGUUUUCUUUUUUCUUAUCCCAACGUCUGAUUCAUUUCUGUCAGAGGCCAGAAGUCACUAUCUUGUGAAAUGGUGUGGCACCCAGAAGUAAAUGUUAACCAUUUGGAUAAUCAGUGGAUAACAGGACAUCCAUUCCACUGCCAUCCUCAUACUUGUUCCCACAGGCCUUGUGAUCUAGAACAUUCACUGUGGCAUCCACCCAACUGUGAGGCUGUACAGUGUCUGUCUCUGAAAUCUGUACCUGGUUUACCAGUGGUGCUGCUUGAUCUUCACAAUGCCAACACUUACGAUGUGUGGGGCAUGUAAGUCAUAAACUAAGCACAAUUAGUUGAUUGGUGUAAAUGCCAAACCCUGAGGCUUAAGUGAGCAGUAUGUCUUCUGAGCCUGCAUUCUUAACCUCUUUACGCCUUACGUAACAUCUUACUUUUCAAAGAAUGAAAUUUUAGUCACAUCUUGAAAUUUUCAUCACCCCAAAUGGAUGAGUACAAAUAAAGAAAACUUUGAACAUAU